AUGUUUUCGACUCCGUUCCGUUCCUCAUCAAACGUUAAGGUACAACAGGACCAUCACGAUCUAAGGACACGUUCCCCUCACUCGACUCUAAUCAUAUUCGCUCACAAAGGAUUAAAUGAAUAUGCCAACAUUAGAGUCGACGCAAUCGCGAACUCUAACAUUGGUGGACACACUGGGAACUUGUCCCUAUGUUCAUGUUGGCAUCCACGCGAUCAUCAGAUCUCAAGGUCCAAGAUCUUUGGAAACAUACAAAUGUUUCCGUUACCAAUGGAACAUGUUGCACCCACACGACACAGGUAG